AAUGAAUUCAAGUUAGGAUAUAAUAAAAAUUCAAUCAUAUGAGAUUUAUAAAGACCUCGAGAUUGGAAGAGGAUAAUUUGGAGUUGUAUAUUAAUGCAAAGACUUAGAUAAACCUCAAUUAAAAUUAUGUGCAAAAGUAAUUUAGUAUAUCAUUAUAGAUAAUAGAAGAAAAAAUAGAUGAUGAAAAAACAUUAAGAGAAAUUCAAUUAAUGAAAAUGAUAAUGACAGGUGCAAAAGGAAAUAAAAAUAUUGUAGGAGUUGAAUAUGUUGAUUUUAAUACAGAAAGGAUUGUACUUAUUUUAGAAAAAUGCGAAUGUGAUUUACAAUCAAUUAUUGAUAAAAAAUAAAAAAUAGAAAAGAAAAAUUUUACACCAGAUGAAGCACUAAAUGUACUAAAAUAACUCAUAAAUGGUUAUAAAGUGCUUUAUUCAAAUAAUAUUAUACAUAGAGAUCUUAAACCUGCAAAUAUAUUGGUCUUAGAUGGUUUUUAUAAAGUAAAACAAAUUACAAUCAAAUAUUAUAGAUUGCUGACUUGGGAUUGGCAAGAGUUUUUGAAGCAAAUACAACUAUGACAAAAGUGGGAACACCAAAAUAUGUUGCUCCUUAAUUAUAUUUGGAAAAUUUCUUUUCUAAUUCAGCAGAUAUUUUUUCAGUAACAUUUAUUAUAUUUAAUUUUAAAGCUAGGUAUUAUUACUUAUGAAUUAAUUUUUGGGGGAUUGCCAUAUGUUGCAAAUAGUUAGCUAUAAAUAAAAAAGGCUUUGAAAAAUUUAGAAUAAAAUCCAGUUGUAGUAAAAAGAGAUCAUCCUGGAGUAAAAAUAAUAAGUAUUUUAAGAUGACUAAUGAUUUGGCUAUUUUAAUUGAGAGCAUGCUUAAAUUUAAAGAAAAUGAUAGAAUCAGUUGGGAAUAAUUAUUUAAACAUCCACUAAUUUAAUCAGAAUCUAAUGUUGUAAUGAAUUAAUCAGGGUAUUUAAUAUUAAUUUAUGACUAAGACUUAUUCAAGAUUUUCCUAAUAAAGAUGAUGAGGAAGAUGAUGAACCAGUUUAAGAAUAAUAAAAACCAAUUGAAGCUCCAAAAAAUCAAUCAUAAGUUCCUUAAUAAUCUCCAACCUUACCUAUACCAACUUUUAAUGGACCUAUGUAAUUUCAAUAAAAUGGAAAACCAAUAAAUAUUCCUCCAACAAUGAAUCCCCAAUUCUAGCAAGGAAGAAUUUCAACCCCCACUAUGGUAAAUGCUAAUAUUUUUGUUCCACCUGGUGUUUAAUAACAGAGACAAUAAAUGGUAUUUUAACCUCAAAGAUUUUAAACAAUAAAUGCACCUAUGAUUCAACCAAAUGGACCUAUGAUUCAACCAAAUGCUCCUAUGAUUCAACCAAAUGCUCCUAUGAUUCAACCAAAUGCACCUAUGGCUAACAUUGGAUAAACUUUUCAAUUUUAAUAGGUCCAAGCAUAAUCUGAUUAAUUAUAUUAAGCAGGAUUUGCUAUGGAUUUAACAUUAGAUUUAUUAGAAAGAUUUAUGUAAUAAUAAUUUAAUAUAUGAUUAGAAACAUGUAAAUUUAAUUGAAAUAAGAAUGGUUUGGAUUAAAAUUAUAUCUUCAUUAUUUUUCAUAAUGUUUCUUUGAACAUUCAAAGGCUAUGAAAAUGCCAAAUUAAAAUUAAUAAAAUUUGAAUUAACAAUUUAUUUAUUAACUUAGUAAUGCUGAAUAAGGGAUUGAGAAAUAAAAAAGAUAUCAUUAAGUAAUAUAAUAAGAAUUGGAAAGACAUUAAUUAAUUUCAUUAUAUCCUGUUUCGGAUGUAACUCCAGAUUUUAAUAAUUAUCUACAAAAAUUGAAAUAAAUUCUAUAACCUAAAGGUGUGUUCUUUUAUUAAUCAGAUAGAAAAUAUUAUGUGGAAUAUUUAUAGUAAUAAUAAUAAUAAAAUUUUUUAGAUUAUUAUAUUGUUUAGAAAGACUAAAAGAUCUGAAUUCAAAUAAAUUUGAAGAUAUAUAUUCUUAAAUAUCUGAUAUCUUUAAGAAUUAAAAGACAGAAUCCAUUAUGAUUGAUUAUCUCAACAAGAGAUAUAGCAACUGA